AUGCCGGCUGUGACGUUGUCAGGCCCCUCACGCACGAACCCGACCGGCGAGGAGACGGCGAUGCUCCGGAGAGCUAGCAUCAACGCUCGCAGGAGGGACUGGGCCAAGCUUCCACGGGACCUUGCGGCGGAGAUCGCCGGCUGCCUCCUCGGCAUCGACCUGAGCGAGUACAUCCGCUUCCGCGCGGUGUGCAAGCCGUGGCGGCGGUCCACAGACGACCCGCGCCUCCUCAACAGCCGCUUCUUCCCCCGCAACUGGGUCUUGCUCACAAACUACGGCAAGGGCGACCACACGCGCCGCCAUCUGCUCAACGUCGCCACGGGCGCCUCUAUCGUCGACGACUUCCCGGAGUUCUCCGGGCGCCACCCGCUGGGACACGCCGAGGGCCUCCUCGUCCUCUCGAACACGGAGACAUCUGGCAUCCGCCUCUUCAACCCGCUCACGCACGCGAUGACGGAUCUCCCGGACGUGUCCUCCUCCACCUCGAUCAGCGCGCUCAAGGCCGAGACGGGCUUCGGCACAGGAUUGUACUACAGGGGUUUCGGCGUCAUCGACGGCGGCGGCGGCGGCGGCGCGGCCUCCCCGCCGACGGUGGUGGCUUUUAUUUCUGGGAAGGUCCCGCUGCUCGCCUUCAUCAGGCCCGGGGAAUCGCACUGGGCUCUCGCCGACACGAGCGCGCUGACCUGCGGAGCGCACCAGGUGUCCGUGCUCUCGCUGCGCGGCCGCUUCUACCUGUCGACGUCCACGGGAGACGUGCUCACCGUGGAGCUCCACCCGGUGCCCCGGCUGGUGCACGUGGUUAGGAAUAGGAAGACAGCACCCCCGGCGACGACCACCACGGUUCCGGCCACCAUCUGCUCCUUCUAUCUUGCCCCGUCCGGCAACGACGACGCGCGGGAUGCUCAUGAUCAUGGUGCACACCAGCGGAGAAAACGAAUUCGAUGA